AUGUUUGAGGCUCAAGAAAAAGAAGUAAAUGAACCCCAACUCUUGGCUAUAGAAAAAACUAAGGAAGAAUUGGAAAAAUUAAAACAAAUGGAUUAUCCUGUAAGUGUUAUACAUGAAGUUCUCAAAGCGAAAAAAGAAAAUGUUUUCCUUCAAAUGGAGUCUAUUUACCGUGAAAGGUUGAUGGAAGUCCACAAAAAGAUCAAAAAGCAAUUGGAUUUUCAAGUUGAAAUGAGCAAUUUGGAAAGAAAAACAGUACAGAGAAAUCUUGUCGACUAUGUUGUUUCUCAUGUGAUGAAAUCCAUUACUCCUGAACAGGAACAAAAUACUAUGAAUCUUUGCAUUAAGGAGUUAAAUAAUUUAGCACUCAAAGUGUAA